AUGGACGAUAAGUUAAUAUUGGCUGUAUUUAAUUACCCGGAGCUUUACAACGUUACACUGCCGAAUUACCGCUGCACAGAAAGUCGGACAAAUUCCUGGAGAAGCAUCAGCAUGGAGCUGGGACUUCCGACCGAGGAUUGCAAAAGAAGAUGGAAGAACAUGAGAGACAGGUACCUGAAGGAGGUCCGAAUGGAGCUUAAAAGCAAGAAGCAGGGAGAAAACGUUCAAAGCAAAUGGAAAUACAGACAACUUAUGAACUUCAUUGCGCCAUUCACUGGGUCAAGAAGUGGACUGCAGGAAAUCUCUGCCAACAAUGAUGAGGACCACGACAACCCUGAAGACUCUAGCAACGUGGAUGGAGAAACCGCUUUGUCAGAGGCAAUCAAAACACCACAGAGUGCUGUAAAGGUCCCCGCGAGUCUGCCCGACCUCAAACCACAGGUGACAUUUGUAACGCAGCUUCCUCCAGCGACUCAGGACACACAGGUGGCUCAGCUGGCUGUUCUGGCCAAGAUACCAUCACCCCCACAGGUCUCGCCUGUCACUGGCGUUACUGGACAGAAACGGAAACCGGCCCAAGAGCCGCCGUCUGCACCUUCCUCCCAAAGUACGCCCAUGCCGACAAAAUGGUUGGUCAAAGACAAUGUCCCCUCUUUUCCCACUAAGCCGCGGGACGAGGAUGAACUGUUCCUGCUGAGCUUUGUUCCCGCUCUGAAGAGACUCGCUCCACAGAAGAGGUGCGAGACGAAAAUAAAGAUCCAGCAGAUUAUGUACGAGGCAGAGUUCAACGUUACACAUUCAGCGUCUCAAGAAAAGAAGGUGGAGACAGAAACACAGCACUGAUUACAUUUAAACUUUUAAAAAAAUACUUUAUUGUAUUUCUUUUAUAUAAACUUCUGCCACAGAAUUAGUAAAAGUGGUAGAUAUUGAAGAAAUUUUUUAUGUGAAGUACGGUAGUUUGUUUCCCCCUGAUUAGUGUAUUUAUUAGGCAAUAAAGACUUAGAGGCAAUGAGGUCAUUAGAUUUACACCAUAAACAGACAGUUAAUCUUUAUUUACAUAACUUUAUCAAUAGAUUUCAAACAUAUUUCGAAAAAGCUGUUUCUUAGUCAGUCUUAAUUUUUACUCUAAUAAUUACAGUAUUUUACAUGUAAUUACAAUUGCAUACAGUAAACUGAUGAGAAUAAAUGCGUAGGUGAACACUGUUUAAUGAAUGACUCUUUCUGCUUACAUGCUUCUUUUUAAAUCUAAAAUAAAGAUUCUUGUAUUCUGAAAAA